UCGAAUGCUGUGACGGGUGCUCCCCUGACCAUCCUCGACACACCUACCUGGUACCGUAUACAGCAAAGAUUGAAACUGCCUAUGUCAUCCACGCCCUUGUCGGUCAUCGUGUCUUCAGCUUCUGGUCCGCACGUGGCGCUUGACUGGCCAACUUCCCUUCGCUCGAUGAACCCUGCUAUUGCAAAAUCAGAGGAUCGUCCCAGCACCAAAACCGGCCUUGAAUCUUACAGCAUAUAUGGCGGGGGCGUUCGGGCAGGCGAACGCGAAUGGUGUGGCGCCCGGGGAGAUCACGGCGAUAGCGCACGAGCCGCUUGGUUGGAAGAGGCGUAACAGGACAACAGACCUACCGUCUCCAGGUUCUCCCGGACGCGCGCACUCUCUCGAUCCGCUGCGAAGGUGAAACCAAAGUCUCUGCAGGCGAAGGGACGUCGACUUCGUCAGGCUACCCACGAUACACCGCUGCCUACGAGCGGCACUCAUGGGUGAUGCCAGAUGGUGCUCGCUACAUACCCCCCCUGUCAUCUACGUACACCGCGCACUCUUCACCCGAGCUGAUUCACAUCCACGCUAUCCUGACAUACAGAUCGGACACGGUCCACGACGAGACAAUUAGUUCUCCGACGACUAGCCCGCCAUCAACCGUGGCUCCGGCGAGAGAAGGCGUCUCCCACCCCAAUUGGCCAUCGAACUCCUUUGCGGCUCUCCGGCGGCCGAGAAGAUGUCCAGCCAAACGCCUGCUGCUCACCUCGUGCAGUCCGUAGCGGAUACACACUCGAUAUCUUGCUACGGAUUCACUCCUGGCCUAUACCUCCCUUGGCGCUCCACCCGCUCCCCGUCUCCCGCUGCCCCAUCCACCCGUAAGCGCGAUCCGCGCUCCCAACGUCCGGCACGCCUUGCCCGUUUUCACCACCGCCGCUUCCGAACCUCACCCGGUUUACGUUUACGCAGCCCACCACCUGCCCCCAAGCUUCCCCCCGCGGCCGCGUCCUAUGCCCUACCGACGAUCACCGCCCUUCCCCAGCGUGUGCCCGCUGCGGAGGCCGGACGCAGACGUCGGGCACACGCUGCGCUCGGCUGUCAGGCGUUGGGAGAGCUUGCAUGA